GUAGAUCAAUGAAAAUAAAACUAAAAAACACAAUACACCAUACACAAACACUUUAUUUGUCAGUGUCUUUAUUCCUUUAACUUCCUCUUUUUGACAAGAUCUCCCGAGCGUUUACAACCUUUAAAAGUCCAUGUCUGGUAUGUGCUCAAAAUGGAAAGAGACAGUUAACCUAAUAUAAAUCUGUUGUGUAACUGUUUGACAAACACACUUCUAGUGCACACUCUUUUUUUUAAGACAUUCCCCCAUCCCUGAGAACACCCCCCAGGAAAGAAUGAAUUCGGCGAGAGUCCCGUCUGGUCGUGAGGAGAGUAUCACUACAGGUGAGGCAUCAGAAAGUUUGUCAGUAUUUUAUGAGAUCCAAGCGCCUGUGAGAAGGGCGUUGUGUGUUUUUACUGUCCCGGAAAAACCUGUAGGCUCUUUGGUGCGAAAAGCAGGCGGUGACGUCAUCUCGGGGGGAAUGCGCUUUGCGGUUGUUCAACGGGUCAUGCACUCCGUUACAGCAGCUGGACAAGGAAAAACCCAACGCUCGCUUCAGUGAUGGAAAGUAGAUAAGCAGGGAGGUACUUUGCAGCCUGUCCGUGUACCAUGGUAAUGGAACUGCCGCCGGCCGUGAUGGAGAGGAAACAGGGGUCUCUGUACACACUUUAUCCUGACCGUUCUUCAUCACUCAGACCAGGUGGACAUCUCCAACACUUUGGACGGGUCACUGGAUCACCGCUUCUUUCACCACAUCCACAGCCAGACUGGAUGUCCGUACUGUAUUUAUUUUUCAGGGUGUGUUUGUGUGUGUGUGUGUGCGCGUGUGUGUGUGCGCCUUAAUUAAGUUGACCUCAGGGUUUUCCUGGGCAGAGCCCGAUGAAGACGUACCAGACGGUAUAUGUAUGGACCCAUAGGGUGUCAGUGGGUCGCCUGCUACCAUGGAGGAAGAGAUUUGCGCAUCGACCCACAAACAGGCACCAGACUGCAGACGGUGAAAGUGGCAGGUGGAAAGGAUCGCGCUGAUCUGUACGUCACCAUCACGCCGUUUAAAGACAUGGAUGGAGAUUCACUGGCCAUACAGCCAUCGGCUGGCUGCCUAUUUAAGGUCACGGGUGUGGGAGUGACGGCCAUUCCAUCGUUCUAGUGUACUGGAUAAAAACCAAGAAGACAGCGAUGAUGCUUGUUGAUCCGUUACCAUUUUUUCUGAUGAAACAGCUGUAGUGACUGGAUCAUUGAGAGAAAAGCCUCACUCCCUUUUGUCCUGGUUUCUAGAUACCAUCAUCAAAAGACCAUAGCAAGCAUGGCUCCAUGGGUCUGGUUUUGGUCUUUUGAACUCUCACAGUAAGUGUGAUGACCAUUUGGUUCCUCUGUAGGAUAUUUAAGACUCCUUAGCUUCAAAGUAUUGGUGAUAAGUCUCUGUCUCAUCUCUUACUUAACAUCUGAGGCUAAGCAGAGAACUUCUCUGACAAAUAGGAACUUUAUUUGAUUUAUUAAACUAUCCUUUUCUGUAAAUGUAUCUAAAUGUCUAGGUUGUGGAUUGGCGCACAUGCCAUUUUAAGUACUCUGUAACUGUUGAAUAUACAAGUUUUGAUUUAGGGUUCAUUUGAUGUAUUCAUACAUUGGAAUGAUUCACAGUUCAAUGCCUUUCAUGUUUCAUAUGUAACUACAACUCUCCGAAUUCCCUAUAUGAUGAGCUAUGUUAUAAAACCAUAGCAUACCUCAUACUAUGUCCAUAACUAAGUUAAGGUAUUAAAUGCAAACUGACCAUUUUGUCAGAGCCGAGCUCUGCGCUUCCGAGCGCGGUUGUGUUUCAUGUAUUUGUUUGUUGUCAUUAUGUUUACCAUGUAGAGUAGAGUUUAAUAAAACCA